UCACAUUCAUUGUGAGCCCUGAAAACCUUUAGGACAAAUCUUGUUAUUAGAUGAUGUCAAAGUGAAAGUUUAUGUUUUUAGGACAGGUUUUGGAACGGUAGGACCUGCAGCAUUAGAUCUUAUCAAAGAUCCAUUCUUUUACUUUCUCUAUUGCGUUCCCUAAGUCAGACCUCAGUGAACAUCAUGACAGACGCUCCUGAGACACUGAGCGGGACAGAGUGUAAUGGGGACAGACCACCUGAUAAUGACCAACAGCACAUCAGUCAAACCAGCAAGGAUGCAGCUGACGCAGGGGGGACCCAGACAUAUUACAGUGUUGAACCCAGUCUUGAAGAUUUGCCUGCAAGAGGAAGUCAAGAAGAAAGUGGAAACAGUAAAGGAAGUGUACUACCCAAAGAGCCUGCAGAAAACUCGCAAGAGAACCUCUUUGUGGUUCACAAGGCCAUCAAAGAUCUUUCUCUCCAAGAAGCAAGUGCUGAGGACAUGGCAUUCAGAGAAGGGCAUCCGUGGAAGAAGAUUGCUCUGAGCAGCAGUGACCUGGAGAUUGACGCACAGAAGGAAAGGAUGGUCCACCAACCUCUAGAGCACCGAGAAGAUGACAGCACAACCUACCGGGCAACCGAAAUAGAGUGGUUGGGGUUCCGGAAAUCUAGUCCAGUUGACAUAUUGCAUUCUAAAUGUGAUGAGGAACCAGAAGUUUGGAAUGAAGAAAUUAAUGAGGAAGACGUCGACGACUGCAACGAUGAUGAAGAUGAAGUUCGAGUAAUAGAAUUUAAGAGAAAUCACAGCAACAGUUCUCAGUUAAAAGAGGAAAACUAUGCAAGGGAAGACUCCCCGCUAAGCAGCCCCAGCUCCCAGCCAGGGACCCCUGAUGAGCAGCCCGUGUUGGGAAAGAAGGGAGAUAUCUCCAGGAAUGCUUAUUCCAGAUACAAUACGAUAUCCUAUCGGAAAAUCAGGAAAGGGAACACCAAACAGAGAAUUGAUGAAUUUGAGUCGAUGAUGCACUUAUAAACCUAGAGGGACUAAGAAGCGGCAUGAGAGCUAAAGAAAGGUUAACUCCGUUGUGCAAGCUUAACGUCUUUUCACAGUAAAGCAACGUGGAAAUAACCAUAGACAAAAUUCCUUCUGGUAACCUCAAACCAAAAGGCUUUAGACUAAUUCCUGGGUGUUUGCUAUUUAAAAAGUCAACUAAUAAAGCGUUAAGUGGCAAGCAUUGCCCCAAAGGCAAGUCUGGCAUGAUUUGGCAUUAAAAGUAGUAAUCGUAAGAGAGAGAGUCAAGGGAAAGGAGAACUGUUCAUGUGACUCCCAUAAUUCUUUUGGUGUCUUUCUUUCUUUAGGCCAAUGAGAAGCCUGCGAUUAAACCCCUCCUCCAUUAAACAUGGUUUUUAUAGAUUCUGUCAGUAACUUUUUUUUUUUUUUUUUGCCUUACUGUUUAUCUUCAAAAAAUACCGUGUCUUAAGUGGUUUUCCUUGGCAUCUACUGAGUGAAAAUUCAACAGAUCGCCUUGCUAGGUGUCACCAGUCAGUGAAUUUUCUCACUAAAAUCCUGAGCAAUUGUCAGUCAGAAUUCUGUGUGCUAAGUGCUAGCUUUAUGCUUUCAAAAUGAAUGAAAUCCAUUGUGAAUUUGCUCCAGGGAGGGGCUAGAUGACUGGUGAGCACUAGACUAGAGAAUUGUAUUGGAUAGCUUUAUUUUUGUUACUGAAAACAAAAUCUUGUCUAGCACAACGAAAAUAAUUAAAAAUAAAAAUGGCAAUUUUAGCACCAUUUUAAGAAAAUGCCUUACUCCAUUCCCACACAUUCUUGUAUUAACAGUAUUUCAAAACCAUUUUCUUUGCUUAGAAAUGAGAGACAAUGGCAGUCAUAACUAUACUAGUUACUAUGAAAAUGCAAAUAAUUAUCUUAGACUAUUUUAGAAGUAGGGUGUGAGCAUACAUAUUUUUAGUGAAAAAGCUGAUAGUUGUGGGGAAUAUAUACUUUAUUGGACCAAAGCCCAAAGCAAGAAGCUUAAAAUUGUACUUGUGGAGCUUCACUCCAACCAACAUGUCAAAUAAUGCAUUGAAUAUUUAUGAAAAGAGUAUAUUUAUACUCUUGGAGGGUUUAUUCCACAAAUUUUCAUUUUGUGCUUCUGUAUGUAUUGCUCUGAACUUUCUGUUACCACAGAUAAAAAUAUCAUUUGGAUCCAAAUAAAAGACAAUUCCUUAUUGUCUGAAUGUAAUACAGUCUUCAUUGUGCUACUCAGCCCUUUGUUUGUUUCUUUCCCAUUGGGUGCAAAAGCCUGGGUUAGUCCUACUUAGACGAUUGCUUAUUUAUGUGUAACAAAUCCCACGCAUUCUCAUAGCAGAUUUCUUAAUUCUUCCUGGUCAUAUAAUAUAUUUCCAUAGUAUCACAUACUACUGUGGAGUACUUAAAAGACACAGUUUUGAACUUGAUUGAAAUGCUUCUUUAUUCUUCACCCUGACUACGUAAGAUAUGUUACCCUUAAAAUGUUGAGCCUGCUAAUUUCUUUUGGGACAAAUGCAAGUUUUCCAAAUAAAAUGAGAAAAAUUCAGUCUUUUUUGAUAAAGUUGGGUAGGAGAUUGAUGGACUGGGACAAUCUCCUGUUCUAAUUCAGAUCCUUUGAUCAUUCCACAGAGAAAACCUGUUUGCUGACCUGGAUUCCCGAUGAGCCCUAUCAUUUUCUACUUAGCUUCAAAACACAGUUUUAUGUAGCGGGGCUACAUUGUUAAUCAACCCACAUGAGGGCUUCUUUGUUAGACGUAACUGACAAGUUCCCAUAGAGUUUAAGUGGCAUGAGUAGUCUAUGGCUAAGAAACAUGAUAAAGAUAUUAGCAUAUAUGAUACUCCAUAAACUUGGACUUUUUAGCUGUGUUCUCUCACCACAUAAUUCAAUUUUAAAACAUUCUGCCCACAAAGACUAUUUUAAGGUAUGUUCAACUGGGAAAUCAUUCAUGCUCCUCAUGGACAAGGUAAUGCAGUAGCAGGAGCACAUUUGGUAGCAUUCUUUGGUAUCAUUGCACGUCACCAUAUUCUAUCACGUACAGCAGGGUCAGAGUUAACACCUGGGUAACAUGGUAGUGGUAGGUGGAUAUUUGAGUCUUGGUAAUCUGGAAAUAGCAAUGGUCUUGCUAUUGCAUGCAGUAUAUAUUAAUAUAUUUUAAACUCAUCUGGAUCACUAUCAAUAGAUAACCAUGAAUGAAGGUUUAGCUGAGAUUUUAUGAUUCAAGGUUCAGGGUGGUAACAACUUUGGUACCUGAUACCUGAUGAGGAUUAUGUGAAUGCUGGAAUUUCUUAAAUGAUUUAAUUCUCUUUUGUUGCCAGAUGAAUGGGAAUUAAGACAGCUUUACUUCUUUGUGAACAUUAGAUUUACCUUUCAUUUAAUACUAUAUUUAAAGACAUGGAAUUUGCCAGGUUCUCUGUCUAUCUAUCUCUGUAUCUAUCUCUGUAUCUAUCUAUCUAUCAUCUACCGACCUUCUUGCUGUUAAAUAAAGAACUAACUACGUGGUUUUCUUUGUUUUCAAUAAAAGUUUAUGUUCUCUGUU